AUGAGUUAUUGUCAUGUAAAAAGCGCCAGCAAUAAGACCAACCGCUUUGCUAUUGUCCAAGUGGAAAGAGCCAAGUUUAUUAUGAGGACUAUAUGCUCUAGAGACCUCAGGCAAGGCUUCUCAUAGGAGGCUUUUUCAUAAAACUAGGCUCUGCUGGUAGUAAGGAGGCCAGUUUCGAAGCAGGCGUUGAGCUGUGCACAUCUCCCCACUACAGGCACCUUCUCCAUAUCCAUCUUUUAUUUCAUUUUUCCACUUGGCUGAGCCAUCCAGAACCUUUUCAAUGUAUAAAAUGGAAUAUUCUUACCUCAAUUCCUCUGCCUACGAGUCCUGUAUGGCUGGGAUGGACACCUCGAGCCUGGCUUCAGCUUAUGCUGACUUCAGUUCCUGCAGUCAAGCCAGUGGCUUCCAAUAUAACCCUAUAAGGACCACUUUUGGGGCCACCUCGGGCUGCCCGUCCCUCACUCCAGGAUCCUGCAGCCUCGGCACUCUUAGGGACCAUCAGAGCAGUCCAUACGCAGCAGUUCCGUACAAACUCUUUACGGAUCACGGCGGCCUCAACGAGAAGAGGAAGCAGCGGCGGAUACGCACCACGUUUACCAGCGCGCAACUCAAGGAGCUUGAGAGGGUCUUCGCGGAGACACAUUAUCCGGACAUCUACACUAGAGAGGAGCUCGCUCUGAAGAUCGACCUUACCGAAGCGCGAGUGCAGGUGUGGUUCCAGAACCGCCGGGCCAAAUUCCGUAAGCAGGAGAGAGCAGCGGCGGCCGCUGCGGCCGCAGCCAAAAAUGGCUCUUCUGGCAAGAAAUCGGAUGCAUCCCGGGACGACGAGAGCAAAGAUGCCAAGAGCACCGACCCGGACAGUACGGGGGGCCCGGGGCCCAACCCUAACCCCACCCCGAGCUGUGGGGCCGGCGGUGGAGGAGGAGGAGGCCCCAGCCCCGCAGGAGCCCCGGGGGCGGCGGGGCCUGGAGGCCCGGGGGGCGAACCUGGCAAGGGGGGCGCGGCGGCUGCAGCGGCUGCAGCGGCGGCUGCGGCGGCAGCGGCGGCCGCAGCGGCUGCCGGGGGCUUGGCUGCGGCUGGGGGACCAGGACAAGGUUGGGCCCCGGGGCCAGGUCCCAUCACUUCGAUCCCAGAUUCUCUCGGGGGCCCCUUCGCCAGCGUCCUGUCCUCCCUCCAGAGACCCAACGGCGCCAAAGCCGCCUUAGUAAAGAGCAGCAUGUUCUGAUCUGGGACCCAGCGGCAGCUGCGAAAUCGAGCGGGCGAGCAAGAGGUCUGGCGGGCGAGUGGGCGGGCCCAGGGCUAUUGUGUUCGCUGCUGCCGCGGCUCUUUCACCUCGAGCCAAAAAAUGAUCACGAUAAGAAUUACGAGAAAAAUGGCGUCGCCCCCUUCUCCCCCGCCUCCUCCCCGUGCUUCCCCCAACAAAAAACAAAA